AUGUUAACCAGCAAGACCUCCUCAACGGUGGCCGUUCACAGUGGCGAACACCUGUUCAGGGUCACCGGACACUCGCAGAUCACGGGAGACAACGCAUUCGUCAUGUCGGAUACCUUCCGCGUCGGCGGCCAUGACUGGGCUAUCCAGUACUACCCAAACGGCGACACAAGGGUCGUCGACGGGCAGUUCGCAUCGGUGUUUCUAAGAUUGAUGAGCGCCUGCGAAAGUGAGUUCACGGCGUCCUACUCCUUGUGCCUUCAGGACCCCGUAACGCCAGCGACAGGAGACAAGUACAAAUUCAGGUUUACCCAUGCAGUACCGCCAUCAAUGUCCGAGCAAGUCAAGGGUUGGGGUACAGCCAGGUUUGUGAGUAGAGCUGAUUUGGCUGCUUCGGGCUGCCUCAAAGAUGACUGCCUAGUCAUCAAAGGCACCGUUGAUGUCUCCAAACUCAUCGACGACACCAAGGACGAUCGUGGUAACAUCAUCGUCGUGCCGCCCUCCAACCUGAGCAAAGAUCUUCACAGCAUGUUAGGGAGCGGCCUCAAGGAAGACCUGACUGUCGAUGUCGGAGGUUUUAGAAGUUUCAAGGCACACGCAUGUGUGCUUUGUGCGCGCUCGCCAGUGUUCCGCGCGCAACUCUGCAACCCCGUGUCCGCGAUGCAAAGCACCAUUCGCAUCGAGGAUGUGGACGCUCGUGUUUUCGAGGCUCUCCUGCACUACAUGUACAACGACCGCCUGCCCGCAUCUAUGGAGGAGGCCACCCAAGAGGCUACGAAAAUGGCGCGACAAUUGCUCGCCGUGGCUCAUCGAUACGAGGUAGAAAGGCUCAAGCUUCUCUGCGAGAGCAAGCUCAGCAAGGCGCUAGAUGUCAGUCUCGUGGGCUUCGCUUUGGAUGUCGCAGAGCAAUACCAUUGUCAGCAGCUCAAGGAUUGUUGUCUCAAGUACAUGGCAGCUGACCGCGAGAGGCUGCAAGCCAUAAUUGGAACCCAGGGGUUCCAGCAACUCAACACAAACCACCCUCGUGUCGUGUCUGAUAUCCUCGCUCAAGUUGUUGCACAACGGCUUGGUGACGGGAAAUAG